CUAAAGACAAAGGACGGAUAAAUAAAUGAAACCUCGAUCGACUCAAACACUUCGCCCACGUCUCUUUCUCCCUCUGCGGCCCGUUUUUCUGCUUCGUGAUGGCUUCCGCUCUGCUAAACAGCGUCACCCUCUCACCGCCGCCGACGCCAACGGAGGCGUUCGCCUGGCUCGGUCCCAGGAUCUCCUUCAGCGACGAUGCCACCGAUCCUUCUGCCGAGGUGGCCCCUCCUGAUGAAGGCCAUCCCGACGCCUCCCCCGAGGACUUCGAGUUCCGCCUCCACGACGAUCCCGUCUCCAUGCUCGCCGCUGAUGAGCUCUUCUCCGAGGGAAAGCUGGUUCCGCUUCAGAUGGCGACUCCGAAAAUGGGGGAGGUGAAGGCGGAGGCGGAGCCACUCUCAGCCACGAAGAUCGGCCUGCCGGAUCCCCCUAGGAAGGCGGAGAUCGCCGCCGGUGCCGAUCCGUACGCGUGCUCCCCCCGCGCGCCACGGUGCGCCUCUCGCUGGCGCGAGUUUCUCGGCUUCAAGAGAGCGCGGGCUGCGAAGUCUAUCGGCGUGCAAGCGGUGCUCGGUGCACCGGUCGCCGAAGCGGCGAGGGCAUCUGUCGGUUCGAGAAGCGCUAUCCCUAGGUCGGCACUCAAGCAUCUUCUACUCCACCGGCAAUCCAAGACUGACUCCCUCGACGCGUCGCUGAGACUCCCCCUCCUCCGCGACUCGGAUCACGACUCGGCGCCGGUUGCCUCCCGUCUAUCCCACUCCUCUUCCUCCUCCUCCUCUUCCUCCUCGGGCCCCGACCAUGAGGACCUCGUCAGGCUCUCCAUCGAUACAGACAAGCCACGCCCCAUCCCUCCCCGAGUCCGCCUUAUACGGCCGCACUCCGCCAUGCCGGCGUCUACGAGAGACGGGUUAAACCCUAGUCGGCGGGCUGCCGAUCUGACAACGCAAUCACCGCGAGGAGUGUCGGUGGAAAGCCCGCGGAUGAGCUCGUCGGGCAAAAUCGUGUUCCAAGGCCUGGAGCGAAGCUCGAGCAGUCCGGGGAGCUUCACCGGUGGCCCGAGGCCGCGACAGAGGGGCGUCGAGAGGUCUUACUCCGCCAACGUCAGGGUAGCGCCCGUACUAAACGUUCUACCCGUGGGCUCUCUCCGCGGCUCCGGCAAGACCGUCUCCGUCUUCGGCCUCGCCCACUUCUUCUCGUCGCAGCAGAAGAAGAAUCGCGACGGCCACGCAUCGAACCGGACGGAAUUUGCCCGGUCUGCCCGGCGCCACCGGCGUCAGGAUCGCCAUGCCUCCCCAAAAAUAAACUAGAACAUAAUAGAAAACAAAAUAAAUAAAUUCAAAUGUCUUUUUGUUCCUAAAUCCUUGUGCUUCAAGAAUUCCUGAUCUAGUCAUGUUGCUCUUUGAUAUUCGAAUCUUACCCCUUGUUUUUUCUCCGGCGAGCGGCGUACAUUAGCGAGCCGCCGCUCAUACGGCUUGUGUAUUUUGCGCCGGUACGUCUUCGUUGUCAAACCGGGCGCGCGUUAGCCGCGUCAACUGCCCUAGAGCUGCUAACGUACGCCUCCUCCUUCCUUCCCUCAAUCCGGAAUCCGGAUCAGAUGCUCAGGAAAAUAGGCCGUCUCAGAGACUGACAUAGAGCGGCAGCAGCACUCCCACUCUCGCUCAGCUCGGCGGCCGGCGACGUCACGAUGCGAUCGGAAGGCUUCUGCUGGUCCAGCAGGCAAAGAUACCCAUCUCUGCGAUCUAGUGAGUCAAAGAACAAUUAUUAAGCCGAAGAAACAGCCAAUUCCUGAGCUGUUGUUCCAAGAGUGCGAGCUAGUAGUAGAAAAUUAACCAUGUGAUCGUUAGUUGUACUUGGUUGAUCUUUCUUAAUACAAGAGAUUGAUGCUUUGUGAGUCCUGUGCCCUCUCUCAGCUCCGCUGGGUCCCCUGGAAUCACAAGAAUAGAUUGCAAUGGUGAGAUCAAGAUGAGCAUGGCUGCUUGUGACGCUGGCCUACUCCAGUUGGUGAUUGCUGUUGCGGAACAGGAAGGAACAAAGCUCGUUUGGAUGGAACAAAGUCGAGGCAUGUGAGGUGUGGGACUGGGAACCGCUCAGACAUCACGAGGCCAUUUACUGGGCCAUGCAGAUGAAAUGGCUGGCUAUAUAAACAGUUGAAGAGUUUAUUUCCCAAACGACCUUGAAUGCGACUUUUUUCUAUUCUAAUGUUAAUUUGCAAACACCGAAGCCACAAGGGAUCCGUGGUGGGAAAAUAUUUAUGAUCUUAAAUAUAUUUCUUAUCGCUUCUUUUAUCUAGUUGGCUUUCAUGAAUUCAUUUCUGACAGUGAACAAGGAUGCAGGACAGUGCCAUCUGAGGUGCUAAUAGGAGCACUCGAGGAACAAUAGAG